AUGACCGAACCAACCGACCAUGCCGCAUCCCAAGAUCACGCAAUCGAAGAUGAUGUGGAUCCGGUGUGGACAUCUAGUCGUACUGCCCGACAAAUCCACGCUUUGAGCGCGGUCGAAAAGGAUAUCAGUCGUCUGCUUACGCUGGCCUCCUCAUCCAUGUCUCUCCUGACACUUCCGCAAACGGAUAAACCUGAGGACGACUUGCCCCAAGGCGACGAGCGGUCUGAACAGUUCGUUCUAGUUGUGAGCGAGUACUUUGAGAAGCUCGAUGGCAUCCAAGACGCGAUUAGAUCGUCUCUUGCACACAUUCGCCAGUCACGCAUAGCACCUAGUACAAUUAAUGCUCCGCCCCCAGGAUUUGUACCUCCUGCAUUAGGGGUUGGGCUGCCGCAAACUGCUGCCUCACCUACUGGUCCAGAUGGCUCAUCGAAACCAGACAACUACGCAAAGAGUCGUGGUUUACAGGAGGAGCGAGUUGAACGAGAUGCGUGGCGAGGUGUUUUGGAAGCACUCGAACGUAUAAAGAAAGCACGAGAGCCAUUGCAGGUCGGCGACGUGACUAUGCUUGGAUGA